AUGGGCUCAACUUCUGUCUCUUGGGAAGUUACCUCGCUCGAAGUUCAGGUCACCACCCCCAACGCUACGAGUGAUGCUCUUUUCGCCAAUGGCAACAUGCAGGUUCCUGUGAUUGUUGUGAUCAAAGCGAUUGAUCCAGACACAAACACGGUAUAUGAACUGAGUGACCUGGAACUGGAGACAAUCAAACUCAUCGAUUAUGAUGAUCCUCCCACAGAACUCCCGGAGUCGUGGAGCUAUUCAUCGACAGAAAACGAAUUCGAGCACACGUUGCCGGCCUCCACGAAAGGCCCCAGAUCUGAGCCAGCGCCUUUUGAUGUGGGUAUUCAGAAGAAGCGCUACUGGGUUACGACUACAGAAUUGGAGAACAAAAGAAUCGCUGCUAGCAUCAAACAACCCAAUGGAACUGUUGUUCAUACCGGGGGUGGAACCUUUGAUUCCAAGGUCACUCUCACCGGUACGCAACCAAAGAAAUACGAACGGAAGGAUCUACAUAUCCUGCGAGAGGAUACCGCAGACGGCGGUUUUUCAGGCCUCAGCGGGACUUGGGAUCAGGACAACUAUUACCUUUUCAGCAAGAUCGAGGGCUGUGAGCUCCGCAAAGCCGAUUUCUACGAUUAUAUGCUUGGCGAUCCCGACCCUGCCUUAGAAUAUGCGGUCGCUGGCUUCUGCAAAAGCAUUCCUUGCAGUAUUUUCUAUUACUGGCCGAUGGGCCCAGAGGAAAAACGAACAGCGGGGAGGAGUCCUUAUACGGCUGAAAUUACUAUCAACCAACGAAGCGACGCCCUAUGCUUCACCCGCAUGUGGCUUAAGCCCUCAGAUAAACCUUGGAACGAUGCCGGAUAUCGUUCGGGUAAGUUUACAGUCUAUGAUAAGUAUGGCAAUAGUGGCGUUUUCUAUACGGGUUACGAGGAUGAUAACAACAAACUCUAUGUCACGAACGAGCCAUAUAAAGGUUAA